AUGCAAACUUCCUACUUUGAUCAGCGGAGGGUGGAGAGGGCCGCGCGGCGUCCGGGCCCUUGGCGGGUCCCCGCCCCCUUCCGGAAGGAGCCCUGGACCAGCCUCCUGCACCUUGACCUGUCUAGACGGCCCCAAGUUUUUUGUCUCCGUUACCAAGGGCGAGGGGUGCUCUUUGACCCCCGCGCGGGGCGGAGGUGGUGGCCAGAGGGUCCUCGCUCCUCGCUGGAUUCCGGAGGGACAGGGGCGCAUGGCGACUGGCACCAGCUGUCCCUCUGUAUUCCCUUGGCCCAGUCGGAGGCCUUCCUCGCGGACCCCCUGGACCCGUGCGCGCGGAUGAAUGACCACACGCUUGAAGAGGACCCUGUGACCUAGGAGAAGACCCUGUGCCAGCGAUUUGCUGCAAGGAAAGGACACAAAAUAUACAAAGAAUUUUGAAAAGUCUUUUUUCACUCUGAGGCUUACAGACCUUUGAAGUUCGCGUGCAAACGCGUAGUGGAGGAGGAUGAGGACGAGGUGUGCUCCCUGACGGCCCAGGAGGCACCGUACCUCCCUGCCCAGCAGUGCGGUGAGCAGUCAGACCUGUGUGAACUGUCAACGAACUGCACCAAACUGCAGGGAUGGGGUGCCACGGGUUAG